CCCCCCAUACACUCACGCACGCAGCCACGGAGUGAAGCCUAGCUCCUCACUUCCCCAUCCUCACUCCCUCAAUCACCUCGACAUUCACCCACUUGAGGGCUGCUCAUCUCCAAACGCCGUAGACUGUUGCAGCAAGCCCGUCUGCACUUGCCGCUCCUCGACCUCGACGCCCGAGGUCUACGAGCUUAACCUCGACCCAACUCAGCCCAGCCAGAUCUCGCGUCCUUUCAAUUGGCGUCGCACCCGCCUUCGUCGUCGUCGUCGUCGCCGCCGCCAAAGUCCAGAUCUUUCAGACCGCACGGCGAGUGACAUCGACGGCCUCGAGCCCCGAGGCCUUGUCAAGAAUCUGCCAUUAGCAGUACGGCGUGUGGUUGUCGAGCCCAGUUCCCGGGGCAGGUCCGGGGCAAAGUUGCUGAUCAUGUCCAUUGACGCUCACGCAGAAGGUCCUUCUGUCGAAGCGACUUCACCAUCCCUCUUAGCCACCACCUUCAUCUCUCAACAGACUCUAGCUCCCCACCUAUCCAUCUCGAUCACCCAGCCAACGCCAUCUCCUCAAUUAGGCCCCAUCGCGCCAUCUUCUCCAACCAAGACCGUCAGACGCAGCAAAUCUGUCUCCUUUGCGGCCGACAUAGCACCCAAUAUGACUCAACUUGCGACACACAGGCCCUCGCUUCCAGCUUUGAGUACGUCUAGCUCAAGGCGAGCUCAGCUAGCCCUUCUGGCAGAACAAGCCAGUCUUGCGGCGGUGGGCACCAGCAGUCUCAGGAUCGCUCGAGCACAGAGCAUUGUUCUAGACGAAGCAGUCAAGAGCGCCAUGGGCCAAGCUGCUCAGACGAAGGCCGAAGAAGGCAGCGUCGCCUCUACAUCUUCUCAGCCACAACGUGACCCAGCAUGGGAGCAAGCCUUCUCGUCCUCCGACUUUCUCUCUUCCGCCUCCUCUCUUGCUCAAAUGUUCCACGUCCAAGAGCAAAGCCGCAGAGACUGGGCUGGUCAGGCUCUGGCGCUGCAACGACGCCGGCAUACCGUGGCCUCUGACAGGCUAUUCUCGGCUGGUCGAAAAAACGGGAAAGCAGCGGCCAAGCGUCGUGCGAACGAUAGCGAUGAAGACGGCGAGUCCAAUAACGAGCUUCUUACCGCAUCCGACGCCAACAAGAAGCGACGAUUCACUGCGGCAGACGCCGCUAGCGCCAAGGGAAAGGAUCGCCGUGUAUCCUUUGUCGUAAAGGAGGAGGAAGCGGCAGACAGCAGCGUAGAUACUACAGCCACUGAAGCGUCCUCACAAGCGGUCGAGCGAGCUUCUUCGGCGGCACGACCCGCCGGCUCGGGCUCUUUGGCGAAUGUCCUAGCAUCCUUCGAGACGCUCCUCGAUUAUCGUCAAAGGGCUUGUGCUGGCCUUGCAGAGCUGGCCAGGAGCGCAGAUGAGAUGGACACUUUCAGGAGCGGAGCUGCCAUCGCGCCACCCAUCGUCGCCGCCGUCGCAUCCACCGCAGUCAGUGCUGUCGCUGCGGUUGUCGGCAGUAAGGACGCGCCAGCGUCGAAACUAGAGGAGGUCGAGGACGGGUCUUCACCUACCUCCUCCGUCUUCGAAUCUAGCGAGGAAGGUAGCACGCCAGCUGUUGCGGCUUGAUCAUCUAGUCGGCCCCAACAAACGGUCUCGACGUGCGAGCGCCGGGAUUUCCUGUGCACGCCUUCUGUUUUAUUUGUUCUCAGUUGCUCGGCAUUGGAGGGUCAUACCAUCCACGCUCCCGGCCCACCCACCCAUCCACGCUUUCUAUAUACACGUCAUCAGCCAGCAUUCGUCACCGAAACACUCUUUCCUCCUCCUCCUCCUCCUCCUCCUCCUCCUCCUCCUCCUCUAUUCUCGAACAGGACCGCCUAAUGUCUUCCUUGCUUUCCCAACCGCAGCUGGUAAUACAAGCCAUUUCCAGCGCAUCGAAUGUUGACGCGUACCUCUGCUCCAAUCCUCGCGCAUCACUUCUUUGUCUCGCUCAUGAAUCAACCACGGAUCGC